CAAUUGAUUAUCACCUUCCACGUUUAUCUCUCUAAUUUGACACGAACAAAAUCUAAACAUUCCCUCAUUUCAUUAAUCCUUAACCUCUUCCUUUCAAAAUUCAAAAACACCAUAAAUCAAAAUCCCCAAUUUCAAACCCUAAAACCUGUACAACAAACCCUAAAAUCAAUGGACAAAUCAACGCUAGCCUCCAUUGGAGAACGUCUGAAAGCUGGAGGAACUCAAAUGGGAAGAACAAUUUCCCUAAAAGUGAAGGAAAUGAAGGACCUUCUUCAAGCUCCAACUCCAGAAUCACGAAUCGUCGAUCAAUCCACUUCUCCGACGCUCGAAUCUCCUGAUUGGGGACUCAAUUUUCGAAUUUGCUCGCAAAUCAAUGCCGAAGAAUUGAGCGGCGCUGAAAUUGUUAAGGCGAUUAAGAAGAAGAUCAACAAUGGCGGAAAUGGUGAUGCUAAGGGGUUGAGGUUGGCGUUGGAGCUUCUAGAAGCUUGUGCGAUGAACUGUGAGAAGGUUUUCUCGGAAAUUGCGUCGGAGAAAGUGGUGGAAGAUAUGGUGGUUAAGCUGAUUGAGAAUCCUCAGGCUGAUCGAGAAUGUCAAGUUAGAGCUAUGGAGUUGAUUAGGGCUUGGGGUGAGACUGAGGAGUUGAGUUAUUUGCCUGUUUUUCGCCAAACUUAUGAGAACUUGAAAAGGAGGAGCAUGUCUGCUCAGGUGGAAGACGGAUCAUUUCCGUCUGUGCAGUAUUCUUUGGAGUCAUACACCGACGAGCAUGAAGUCCCACCACCUGAAAGCUAUCCAAUUCCUGGCUCAGAGUCAAACGGUGCAGCUGAUGCUAUGCUGCCUUACAACUAUGGCAAUCUCAGUUCAGAACAAAAGAAGGAGUUUCUAGAAAUUACCAAGAAUAGCCUUGAAGUGCUUUCCAGUUUGUUGAGCUCUGAAGCAGAUCCCAAAGUCAUUGAGGAUGACUUGACGAUGAACAUGUUAGACAAGUGCAAGGAUUCACAGCCUGUUCUUCAGAGGAUAGUUCAAAGCACCAAUGAUGAUGAAAGCUUGCUGUUUGAGGCUCUGAAUCUUAAUGAUGAACUCCAGAAAAUCAUUUCAAAAUUUGAGGAAAUGCAAGUUUCCAGGAAUCCUGACAUGCAAAAUUCUGAAGAGCCAAAGGAAUCUCAUUCUGUUGAAGCCCAGCCCCCUCCACUGGUAGAAGCCCAGCCCCCUCCACUGGUAGAAGCCCAGCCCCCUCCACUGGUAGAAGCCCACCCCCCUGCACUGGUAGAAGCCCAGCCCCCUGCACUGGUAGUAGCCACAGGCGUGAACAAACCAAAGGAAUCCCCUGAAGUAGAGACUGCCAAACCUGCUGCUGCAGAUCUUCUCAACGAGGGCGAAGAAUCCAGCAACGAUAAGAAGUAGGCUUGAUGAAGGGGAUGUAUUUUUUUUUUCCCCUUCCCACUUUCUUUUUCAUUCAGUGAGUGAUGUAUGUAUGCUUAUGGUCUGUCUUCUUCCAGAUGACCAUGGUUGCAGUUAUUUUAAGGUUUCAGUUAUGCAUUAAUCUUCCCGCAGAGCCGAUAGAAAAUUUUCUCUAUCCUUCAGUAUCUAAUGCUGUAGGCCUCUGUAUAUAAUGAUCUUGGCGGCCUUGCUAUGUUUCUCGGACUGUUUAUUCGAGUAAUAAUAGCAGUACCAGAUUCAGUGAUUUCUUAUUUGCUGUACUCUAAUUUACGUCUGUUUUAAGGAAUUCACUAGGUGAGCUUUGUGAUUGCACAAAA